GCGCCGAUACAGCGACACAGCAGGAAGGCUCGGAGUAACUCUACCUAAUUUGAUAUUCCAGCUCAUAUAAAGUAACUCCAUACGGUUAGUCAUAUUACAUAAUUCAUGAGUAAACUGACUUAUGAAAGGCAAGAACUGGCUACAUCAAGGACGCGUGCUUAUGACAGUGGCUUCUGUAAGUGUGUUGAUUUGCAUAAGGAAGUACCUAUAACUACUCCAUAGUCCCUUAAAGGACUCCGAGCAUACUGGAUAUUAAUGACCGUUACCCCGAGCUGUCGGCCGAUUAUUGGAUGGCUUUGUUGUACAGUACAUCUGAUUAAAGCUCUGGAGUAUAAGAUUGCGUGCUACCACUUGCUACCAUUUAUAUAUGUGUACUUCGGAUACUAUUUGAACCUCAUCAUAUUUUGCGGUGUAGGACAGGUCAAGAAAUACCUAUCAAAUGGUAGCAGCCCUUUUUCCGGUCUCCGGUUUGCUUACCAUACCUAGGUAUUUUCUUGCCCACACCCAUGGACAAUGCAGAUGCACCACGCGGGGCAGUUCCAUCAAUUGAAGCUCAAACCUCCUUGGAUCGACCAAUACCACGAUCCAUACAAUAUUAUCCCUGACUGGUAUGACGACCCCUCUUGACAACGUGCACUAGAGGCAUAAAAUAACAGGGACAUAACUUCGGCAUCUAUCCCUUUAGUCUCCAAGUUAUCCUCAUAGGAAAAGAGUCUAUCCGAGUUGUAUGUGUUAAGUAGGUGUUGAUGCCAGACUCAGCGGAUGUUGCGGUUAUCAUAUAUAACAAGUCAACCCGAGGAGUUGUUUAUCCAAUUACUCCCUUGCCGGUUAGAAUAACAGGUUGUCUAUUAAAGGAUCUUGGGUUCCUUUCGCUCUUAUCUCCCUCACCUUUAUAACAAAGUCCGGGACCGGUGACCCACAAACACAGGCAAAGCACAGGCUUACACAACC